AUCUCACCCUGCUUGUCCCUUCCAUUCCGAGUAGGAGUGUCACCCCUUUAACCUCUGCAAAACUAAUUAUUGCCAUCAAAAUAAAACCUGUCUUUGUUUAUAUGAUAUAAUUUACCGAAAAAAUACGAAAAAAAUAUAUGGUAUAUAUCGAUGAUGUAAAAAUAAUUUUUUUUCGGGUAGUUCAAACUUUGAACUUGGUUUGCUGUAACUUUGACUUUGGGAACAAAUCUUGAGGCGUCUUUCAGUCCUCGUGGUGAACCAAGGUGCAAUUCUCACACCAAACAUUUAAUUUCAUUUACAAAAGAACCACUUUUACAUUCCGUAAACCGUAACGAGCGAUUUUAUAAGAAUACUGGGAUUGUUGUCUCUUUUUUUCGAUUACUUAUACUUAACAUAAUAACCUCAUAUGUUGAUAAAAAGUAUAUUUAGGACCAUUUCUCAUGUCAGUGGUAGACAAAUAACUGGGACCAAUACUCAUAGCAGCAUGUUUAUUAAAACAAAAUACAUAUUUAUUUUAUCAACAAAGAUACCUAAAUCGAAUGUAUAUAACCAACUUCGCUAUCUUUGUUCUGCUGAACACAAAUGCACAACAGAAACAAUUAAAACUUAUACCACUGAGCUUGCAAAUAAUGUGACACCAGACAGAUAUCGGUGUAUGAUGAGAAAGCUACCUCAAACUGUUGUCCUGAUAACCACCGCAGUGUUCAAACCAGAAGCUGACCAUUGGUUUAAGAGAGGUUUAACCUGUAGUUCAUUACUCAGUAUUUCCCUUCACCCUCCUAUUGUCUCAUUCUGUUUACAUAAACACAGUCAAAUAUCAAAACUUCUUCGUCAAAGUCAACAAUUUGCUGUCAAUUUUAUAGGAGAACAUCAGGUGAAAUGUGCAGAUAUUUUUUCCACUCCACCACAACAAGAUGAAGAUCAGUUUUCAGGCGUGUCACACUAUCUCACUAAAGAAGGUCUUCCUGUCUUAAAUGGAACACCUGCUUUGUUGUGCAAAGUCAACUGCAUCCACAAUGUUGAGGACCGUUGUGUUUGGUAUGGGCAGGUUACAGAAUUACUUGAGGAAAGUGGAGAUAACAACCCAGUUCUGCACUACAACAGGGCUUAUCACAAAGUUGGUGCAUUAAUUAGUGCAACUGCUCCUCCUUCACAUAUCGCUCCAGAUCGACUUACUAAUUACCUUCAUUUAAUAUGGUCUCAGGUAAAAGAACAUGGUAUACAGAAUUCAGCUUAUUGUAUAAGAGAAAGCUUGCAAAAGAAUAUUCCAAUAAAUGAUUCUAAUUGGCAUGAAACUGUGAUCCAGUUUUAUAUAGACAUGGUACAGAAUGCUUUGAAAACUGAAACUGGCCAUAUUAACACUUUUGAAGAAUUUCUUCUGAAAAAUGAAGAAUUUGUAAAACCACAAGAAUUGCUAUUUAAAUAUUACAGUGAAGAUAUUAUAUUGUCUGAAGAGUCUAGAAGAAGAUAUCUCUCACCAAACAAGAAGUCUCUUCCAGUAUUAUAGUUCUUCAAUUUCAAUAUUGAUUACUGUAUUUAUUUUGUAUGGACAAAAUAGAAAACAAAAACCCUGACAAGAAGCUUUCAAUAAAUGAAGGAAACCACUGUCAUCACAGAAGGCGGCAUUGUCAAUGUCUUUGGUCUUACAGCUUGUUCUAUUUUGU